CAACAACCUGGAGAUUCACAAACCAAUAAACAAAUUAAAGUUACGUCUUUUUUUUUAAUUAGUGUCCUAAUUAAAUUGAUUAUCUUGGUUUUUAUUAUUUACUCUGUUUAUCUAAAUUAGUGCCAAAAUUGAAAUAUUAUAAGUAAAUGUGUUGAUCAAUUUUCUAAAUAAAAGAAAAAGUGAAUUACAUCGUAAAGGGAAAAAAAAUACUCUCACCUAAAGAGUUGGUUUUUUUUUCUCUUCUCUCCUGAUAUAUAAAACCAGCUUUUUUUUAUAUAGUCUUCAUUUUCUGUUGAUUUUUUUCUUCCUUUUUUGUCCAAUUUUAUAUUGAAUUUCUUUAAAUUUUGCUUAUAGCAAAUUUAGAGAGAAAAAGAUUGAUAUAUAUAUAUAAAUAUAGAGAGAGAGAUGGUGAUGAUUUGAAAGCCUGAAACAUGCAGCCAACUACUCGGAGGAAAAACUCUGAAAAGCGUAAGGAAAAGUCGAGAUAUGCGGCGCGAGCGAGACGAAGCCGUGAAUCUGAGAUAUUCACCGAGAUGAGCGCCCUUUUACCCUUACACCAAACAAUUGACAAAGCAUCGACCAUGAGACUUGCUAUCAGCUUAAUCCGAACCCGAGAUCUAAUGGAAAAGUGUAAUUUCGAGAUAACCAGAUUCAAACACGACAUUCUAUCAUCUUUUGAUAAAACAAUCGACAUUUUUGAUCUAAUUGAUACUUUCCUCAUUGAUGCUUUCCUAAUCGUUUUAACUUCGGAUGGUCAUAUACCCUAUAUAUCGGAAAAUGUUGAAAAAUAUCUUGGAUUAAAGCAGAUUGACCUUCUUGGUACCAUGAUAUUUGAAUUCACCCAUCCUUGUGACCAUAAUGACAUUCGAGAUGUACUAACCAAUAAAUCUGGUUCAAUUCCAAGUCCAUUUCUUAUUCGUAUCAAAUGUACAAUAACCAGUAAAGGGAAAACGAUUAACCUCAAAUCAGCUGCUUAUAAAGUUAUCAAACUAACUGGUCAUUGGAUUGGUAAUCAAUCAACUGGCUACCUUUGUCUUACUGGUGAACCAUUGGCCUGUCCAACCAAAAUCGACGGACCAAUAGCAGGUCAAAUGUUUCUUAGUCGCCAUUCACCCGACAUGAAAUUCACUGAUAUUGAUGAGAGAUUCACCAAAGUUCUUGGCUACGAACAGGAAGAUCUACUUGGUAAAUCGGUAUACAAUCUAUUCCAUGCAUCAGAUUGUCUCAAUCUAAGCGAUUGUUUCAAGACUUUGUUCACCAAAGGCCAAUCUGAGACUGGAUAUUACCGAUUACUCGCUAAACGAGGUGGUUAUAUUUGGAUACAAACCCAAGCAACGUUGAUAACAGACAAUCACACACAACAGCCAAUCAGUGUUGUCUGUGUGAAUUACGCUCUCAGUGGAAUCGAGAAUCAAGAAGAGAUUAUCUCGGAAGAACAAUGUCAAGAGAGGAAAAAGGAAUCGUAUCAUUUGGUUGACAAGACUAAUGAUGUUCUUAUUAAAUUGGCAGCGUCAACUCUAAUUGAUACUAAUACUGAUACAACAUCAACAACAGGCAAACGUAUUACGUUAACUACAAAUUCUGAUAAUAAUAGUAACACCAACACCUCAAAUAGUAACCAAAAUAGUCUCCUUGACAUAGCACAACAACAACGUCGACAACAACCACAACCACAACCGGAACAUCAACUUAUUACAAGCACCAAUAAUCAACAAUUUAUCACAAACUUAUCCGAUUACCAAUUACCUAGUGGAAUAUUGAUCAAUACAUCAGAAAAUUUACUCAAUACUCUUGUUAUUGAUCAGACACCAUCAUCUUGCUAUUCUCAAGUUAACUCUUUGAUUAACCAACAGCAACAAUCGGAAGAGGAGGAGAAUCAAGAACAACAACAACAACAGCAAUAUCAUCAUCUUCAACACUGCCAACAACAACAACAACAACAACAACAACCUUGCAGUCAAGGACAACCACAACUUCUUGAUCAUCGAGAGCAACUUGAAUCGGUACCAAUCCAACCAUUACCAGAAUUAAUAACAUCUACAUUUAAUUGCGCUCAAUCAUCAUCUUGCUUACAACAGCAAUCACAACAAUCACCAUCAACACCCAUAUUGUUUACACCAUUAGCCGGUUCUAGUUUACCUACACCGGCAACAGCGACCAUUUUUGCGCCUCGAACGGCUGAUAUGAACCCUGGUUUUCUUAUGCCCAUCGGUGAUGAUGAUAAUGAUUUCGGUUUAACCGUUUUAUCUGAUAUUGAGGCUUGUGAUCCUGAACAAGAUUUAACUCACUUGGCUCCUCAAGCAGGAGACUAUUGUGUUCCCCUUGAGAUUGGACCUUUACCCUCAUUUGAUGGUUUCUCAAUGGAAGAUAUUUUAAAAGAAAUGGGUUUCGUUACUAAUUCUGGUUCUACUUCUUCAUCUUCAGCUUCGUCUGAUACAACAUCAACAACUAUUGUCUCUGGUAAUCACUCAGGUGAUCCAAUUGAUGAUUGUGUUAUGUUGGAAGGUAAAAGUGAUAUUAUUGUUGAUAAUAUUAUUUUAUCUUCCUCUCCUGAUGCUUCAACAACUAAUCCAUCAUCAAAAUGUACUGAUUAUUGCUCUAAAGUAACUUUAAAUAGACUAAGCAAAAGUUCAAUUUCAUCUUCAGUAACAAUUACUGAUUUAAAGACAAAAUCAAUUGAUGAAACUUUGUCUGCUGUAAUUAAAUCAAAUGAAGAUCUGAUUACUCCAUUAGCGACAAACACAUCAACAAUUAUUGCAGUGACUGGAAUAACUAACAAUGUUAAACAAUCUGAAUUAAUGGUUUCUUUUCCCAAUGAGAAUAAUAAUAAUUGUGAUGGAUCAAGUUUACAAUCAACCAUCACUAAUACCUCAAGAUCAUCAACAACAGUUACCUCAAAUGUUGAUGAUGAUAAUGUUGAUAGAAAUAUUAACGAUAAUAAUAAUAAUAGUGUAGAUUGUGGUAUUGAUGGAAAUGUUAUUUCGGUUGCUGAUGAUGGUGAUUCUGGAGAUGAUGGUGAUGGUAACAUUGUAACUGAUUCUCAGCAUGAUAAUGAUGAUGAUGAGACUCUUAAUUUUACUGAUUAUCUACCAACGGAUAGUAAAUUGUUGCCUUUCAUACCAACGGCUGUAGCCGAAGAGGAGAUUCAAUUUUCAUGUGAUGAUGAUGUUGAUCUUACAUCAGAAACUCGUGGCUCUAUUGAUACAACUGGUGGUUGUGUUAAUGGUGAUGAUAACGGUAUCGGUGAUACAAAUAGUUUAAGUGAUUUCCUUUGUAAUCAACGUUUGAUAGAAACACCAAUAAUCAAUCAACAUGAAUUGACAACGGAAACAAUACCAUCAACAUCAAAAUCAACUGUAACUUCAUCAUCAUCUUCAGUGAAAGUAAAUGGCUCAUGUAAGGGUGAUGGUGACGAUGACGAUGAUAAUGAUGAUAAUAACGAUGAUGGUGAAAGAGAAGAUGAUAAUAAAAGAAAAUCGAUUAAAAAUGGUUUAAUUUUGCCCCAAGAAUCAACCAUGAAUACGAAACAUGAAACUGGUUAUAAUAGCAAAUGUGAUUUUACCUCAGGCGAAGAGGCUGAUGAUGAUAUUGAUGGAGAUGAUGAUAAUGUAUCAUCUAUUUGUAGCCCAUCCUCUGGUGGAUCAGGGGUUACAUGUAAUAGCUCAACUGGUAACCUACUUUUAGGUAUGACCCUGAAUAAUAAUAAUAAUAGACAUGGAGUCAAUGGUUCAUCAAGUCCACUUCAUAAUGAUCCAUUUUUAUCCUUUACUAAUGGUCUUGGUGGCCUUGUAAGUGAUAAUUAUCUUUGCUCCCUGUCCUCUUCAAGCUCAUCUUCAAGUUCACCAAGUAACUUUUAUGUAUCUUCAUCCCGUCUUACCUCGAGUAGUCCUGAUUUCACCUUAACAUCAGGUUCAAUCAACAGUAAUUCACAUCAAUUGAAUACCAAAAGGCCUUCAUCGUUAUGCGAUUCACCACCACCAAGUAGCUGUAAUAGCACAUUAACUAGUGAUCUAGAUUUAUGUGGUUCUUUUGCUCCGGAAGAUGAAGAUGAAUUUGAUUCACUUGGUGGUCGAUCAGGAUGUGGCCGUAAUGAUAGAACCAUAAUCCAAAGGCAUUAUGAUGAUGAAUUUCCGUUACUACCAAAUGAUGAAUCAAUUUGGGAUACAUUUAUUCACUCCAAUGAUAUAAAUGAUAUGAUUAACAGUGAUGAGCUUCUUUCCUCAUCAACAAAUCAUUUUCCUAUUGAUGAUUAUCGUUUAAUCUCAGUAACAAAGGAUAAUGUAAGCAACAAAAGCUCAACAUCAUCAUCAUCAACAACCUCAUCAUCUUCGACGUCAUUAACGUCAACAACAACACCAACACCAACAACAACAACAACGAAUAAUUCAAUAUCCACUUCUCCGUCUUGUUUAUCCUCUUCAAAUGUCAACAAUUCAUCCAAUGGUGGUUGUUCAUCCGCCGAUAUUAACAACGAUAAUAAUAAUAAUAAUCGUGCCAAUGAAUCUUUCCUUUUAAAUAGUAACCUGGCCAUGUUACUACAAGGAAAAGAUACUUCAUUUAAAAACUGUUAUACUCUAUCCAAUGGGGGCUCUAAUUGUAAUAAUAACAAACAACAGACAAUUAGUCAAUCAACGAUACAGUAUCAUCAACAGAACCAUCAAUACCAACAACAACAACAACAACAACAAUCGGCUGUUACUAUUGCCGCAGCAACAGCAUCUCGAAAUCGCUUCCACAAUUACUCGGCCAAUCUGCCUAAUAAAAGCCCCUUGUCCAUUUCACCCUGUUCCUCGUCCACUUCUACCUCUACUACCACACCCAAUGUUGAUAAUAAUAACAGCCGAAUCAAUUCCAAUUACGUUAUAGUACAAAAUAAUCGUUCAACAAUUAAUAAAACAUCAAACCAUUCAAAUGGUACAAAGGAUAUCAUCAAAUCCGCUCAAAAUAACCUCCAAAAUUGUGACAUGAGCAGAAAUGAAAUUGACCGUAAAUCUGAUUAUUUUACCCUUGAUUCGGAGAUGAAAAAAUAUCGAACCAUGGCCGACUCAGUUUACUCCAAACUUGGACCUAGUUACGUUAAAAUUGCUCGAAAGUUGGCCUACAAUUCAUCAUCAUCGGCAUCUUCAUCUUCCUCUACACCAUCUCCGAAAAGGGCUUAUCUUCCUUCAAAAAGCUCGAUGGAGAAUAACUAUAAGCGAAUGAAAUUGCCUUCAACACUGCCAUCAAUGCAAGGAACCUCGGUGCUCAUGAAUCUAUUGGUUAAUGGUGAAGAUGUAAACAAUGGUUACUCCCGAUUCCAGUAGCAAUCGCAUCUUAAAAAUAACAGUAUAACAAACUGAUUGUAGACAGUUAAUAAUUAAUUUUGAUUGCUAAAUGUGUAAAGAGAUUAAGUAAUGAUUAUAAUCGUUAAUUACCAAUGAAAUUAAAAAGACAAGAAGUUUAAAUGAAA